AGCCACCUUUGGCUUGCAGCUGGCUCCUUCAGAUUGUUUAGAUGUUCCCCCCAUGCCUGCCCUUUGCAGCUGGGAGAUGCGGCGGUGACAUGCGGUGAGGAUGCACUUCGCCUGCGUCCUGGCGCUGUGGGCGGGCAGGGUUACAGGGCUUUCUGCCAAGGUUCGGCAGAGCCCCUGGGAGCUAGCGCAAAUGUGGGACAAGCAGACGCUGGCAUCUUUCUCCGUGCCACAGCUGGAUGCCUUCUCAGUCAUUUUGCAGGGCGAGUGCCCCCUUCUCUCGCGGGCUGUCCGGUGUCGGCAGCGCCGGCGCCCGGGAUUGGCCCGGCUGCGGCGCUUGGAGUCAUCGUAUUUGGACGAGGAAGCAUUCUUGGCAAAGCGCCAGGCUGUGGCCAUGAUGCGGCACGUGUGGAAGAACUACGAGCAGCACGCCUUUGGAAAGGAUGAGCUCAGGCCUGUGUCAGGAAAUGGCACGGAUAACUGGGGCGGUAUUGGACAAACUCUGGUCGAUGCGCUGGACACUCUUUGGCUGAUGGGCUUCAUGGAGGAAUUCGAUCGGGCAGCAGUCUGGGUGGAGUCAUCCCUCAGCGACUCAUGCCGCACUGCGACGCAAAGCCAACGACAGCACACAGCUCAUAGCCUUUAUCUGCUGAACCAGUAUCAGCUGCGAGGCUUCUCGAAGGAUUUGAACGUGAAUCUGUUUGAGACAUCCAUUCGGCACCUGGGCGGGCUUCUUGCAGCCUUUGCGCUAAGUGGUCGAGCAGGCCUGCUGGCCAAAGCUCGUGACCUGGGCGAUCGAUUGAUAAAGGCAUUUCCCGGAGCAGCGCCUGAGGGCGAGUCCAAGAUGUCGAUCGGCGCGCUGGAUUCCGAGUUCAGGAAACUUCUCAACCAAGUUGGGCUGCCCACUGAUGCGCUGGAUUCAGCUCUGGGGACCGCAGAGGCGGAGGCAAAGCCUGCUCCAAUCUCAAGCUUGCCAAGCUCUGACAUCAACUUGGGAACCGGCGCGGGGGCGGCUUUGCGCCUCUUCUGCUGCAGUCUUGCGAAUUUGGAGCCGGAGGUG